UGGAAGCAUGUUCUCAUCUUCCUCGGCAUCCCUCCCUGAUCUUCCUCAAACCUCCAGCUCCAGACCCCACAGAUUCUCUUCACAAGAAGCCUCUGAGGACAUUGGUGACAAGUCACAGCCUUCAAGCUACACCAUGGGGCACAACAACCGACUUAACUUCUUACAAAGAAGAGCAAGAUGCUGGGGUAUUUACCGAAGGAGAUAUUGCAAUUGGUCUGAACAAGCCAGUUCUAGCAUUCAUCCUUCAUCUCACCAGCAGCAAGAUGGAGACCCAGCAACAAGUGAUGCUCAUGUGGACACUGGAGUAAGAUAUGCUCCCUAUGCCAUUCCACGCUAUCAUCGAAGAGGCAGUUUUCGGAAACAGGACCAAACCCGUGCUAACGUGGAGAGAGAGCAAAAGCCUCCAGAGAGAAGAAUGGAGGGGAACAGGCAGGAUGAGACCUUGGGGAGCUGGUUCAAGAUAAUAAUUCCAUUUGGCAUAAAAUAUGAUGAGAAGUGGCUGCUGAGUUUGAUUCAGAAGCAGUGCAGUGUCUCCUUCACCCCAGUUGAAUUUCACUAUGAGAGAAUGCAGGCCCAGUUCUUCGUUGAGAAUCCCAGCGUUGCCUUCGCAUUGAAGAAUGUCAAUGGCAAGAUUUGGGAUGAGAAUAAUGAAAUGAUAUCUAUCUUUGUCAGCCCCUCUGAUGCACCUAGCUCUGUGCAGAAGGAGAUGAAGUCAGAAAAGCUGACCACGAACAAACGAUAUGAUGUCUCCCAGCAAUCUCUUGACAUCCAGAGACUUCGCUUUGACCCUGAUUUGAUGACCCAUGGUGUGGAAAGGGUACCAAAUCCUAGAAAUGGCAUGGCUGCCUCCCUACAGAUCCAAGAAGAGAACAUGCAUAAGCUUUUGCCCUUGAACCUGAGCAACACGAAACCCUACCAACUGGGUGGCCUGUCCACCACUAUGCAGAAUGCCUCCAACAUCAAGCACUUGAACCUCUCCAGCAAUGAGGUGAAGUCUGCAGGGAAGUUGGACAAGGGCAAAGGGCGAGAGCCAGAGGAAAUGUGUGCGAACAGAACCCCCCUGUGUGCCACCUUCCCAGAUAAGUCAACCAACAUAAGCUCCAUCCUGGAAAUGUUCCCCAAGUUGUUACGCUUGGAUGGCCAGGAGUCACGCCCACCAACUAACUUGGGUAUUGAAUCCCACAAGAGGCUACCAACCUGCAAGGGAAGCUUCUUUGAAUCUGAUGUGCUGAAGAGUCUAGUCCUGCAUUUCCUGCAGCAAUAUUAUUUGAUCUAUGACUCUGGAGACCGACAGGGUCUUGUUGGUGCUUACCAUGACAAGGCCUGCUUCUCCCUGACCAUUUCCUUCAACCCCAGGGAUGCAGCUCCAAGCAACUUGUACGGGUACUUCAAGGAUAACAGGAAUAUAAAGAAACUCAAGGACUCCUACCUGCGGGUUCAGCUGCUGAAACACACAAAAGAUGACAUCGUGCGCUCCCUCUGUGUGUUGCCCAAAACUCAGCAUGACUUCAGCUCAUUCUUGGUGGACAUGUGGCUCCAGACGGAAAGGAUGCUCUGCUUUUCUGUCAAUGGGAUGUUCAAGGAAGUGGUAGGAGAGUCUCAGAGUUCUGUCCAUGCCUUCACACGGACCUUCAUCGCUAUCCCUGCCAACAAUUCCAGUCUAUGCAUCAUGAAUGACCAGCUGUUUGUGAGGGACACCGCCCGCAACGAGACUCAAAGAGCAUUCUUCGUCCCAGUUCCCACACCCACCUCCAGCUCCGUGCCCACCCUGUCCCAGGAGCAGCAAGAAAUGGUGCAGGCUUUCUCCACCCAGUCUGGGAUGAACCUACAGUGGUCUCAGAAGUGCCUUCAUGACAGCCACUGGGACUACACUAGAGCUGCACAGAUUCUCACCUUGCUCCAAUCCCAGUGCAAGAUCCCAGAGGAGACUCUCACACAGACUGAUCCAGGAUCCUGAGAACACAGCCCCGACAAGAAACCCUUGGGUGUCAUCAUCUUCAUCCUCAUCACCUUUGUUAUGUUUUUCCUUUAGUCUUAGUAUAUCCCUGUGACCGAGCCGGGAGGUCUGCUUGGGGCUGGGAAGCCAACGCUUAACUGACACUCAUUCACCCAAACAGCUAGUUCUGUGUAUUUUUCCUACCCAGGAUCCCUGAUUUUUCUGAUAAUAAAGAAAAAUGUUGC